AUGGCGGCUUCUAUGACGGGGGAGCAGAUCCAGGCUUUUGCCUACCAGCUGGAGCCCCUUGCUCCCAAGGGCCUGGCUCCUGCCGUCGAGUUCGUCGCCAUCAUCUUGGGCAUCAUCAGUGUCAUUGUCGUGUCGCUUCGGAUUUACGUUCGUGCUGGCUUAUCAGGGGCUUCAUCACGACUCUGGGGCAUCGAAGAUUAUUUAGCGGUGAUAGGAACUCUUCCAUUUAUACCUGCAGUCGUUUUCGCAGUUCUCGCAUCACGCUAUGGCGUGGGAUUCCACGAUGCCGACCUCCCAUCACAACUAUACCUGAUUCGCGCCUCCGAAUACCAGACUUACUGGGAAGUACUAUACUUCAUCUCGUCAACUAUCAUCAAGUGCGCCAUUGGGUUCACCUGUAUUCGCCUGGAUCGACGGAAGCGAGUGGUCAUCUGCAUGGUGCUCAACAUCAACAUGGAACCCGGCACUACUGUCAGCUACAUCGUUUCUGCGAUUCAGAUGUUGACGGACUGGACUUGUGCCAUUGUCCCAUUCUUCAUCGUGGCCGGCCUUCAGAUGUCUCGCCGUAAGAAGGUUUCAGUCAUAGCCAUUCUCGGCCUCGGAAUCUUCGCCAGUAUCGCUACCUGCAUCCGCAUGCCCUACCUCAAAUAUUAUGACACUGCAAAAUACCCCACUGAGAUCGCCUAUCACCUUGGAGUCAUCAGCAUUACUUCCAACCUCGAGUGCAGCUUGGGAAUCAUUGGGUCAUCUCUUCCUCCUCUACGAAAACUGUUCAAAUUUUACUAUGGCUCCUCACAUGACGGAAACUACAAAAUCACUGGCGAGAGCGGAGACGCCCUUGGAAGUGCUGGCCCAGGUAUCAAGCUUGGCUCGCUCAGCGGCAACGACAGAACAUAUCAUGCAUCAGCCAAACGGGGUACCUCGCGUGCGGGUACCAGGGAGCACGAGACCGACGACGACGACUCUUCAAGUCGGAAAGGGAUCAUACGAAAAACCGAUAUCCAUGUCAGCACAUCGACAUUCCAUGUAUAG